GAGAAGACUACCGACUACAGAGUACAAGACAGCAAGAAAUACGCCAUGUCCGAGAAGCAGACGUCGACAUUUGUGAAGAAACUAGCAUCCAAUGACCGCAAGACCAGAGAGGCGGCUUUUGAAGCGUUGGGAAACUACUUGAAAUCCAGAUCAAGCUCGAAAUUGUCAUUAUUAGAAAUGGAAAAAUUAUGGAAAGGACUUUACUUUGCCAUGUGGUUUUGCGAUAAAGCCGGUCCCCAAGAGAAGUUGGCACAGGAAUUGGCCAACUUGUUCAGUGACGUGAUACCAGCCGCAAGCUACUCGACCUUCCAUGAAGCAUUCUGGGUAAUUCUCAUCAAGGAAUGGCCGAGUAUCGAUCAAUGGAGAAUUGAUAAAUAUUAUUUAACAAUUAGAAGAAUAUUAAGACAAAACUUCAUUCGCUUACAGAAAAAUGGAUGGGAAGAAGAAGAAAUCAAUGACUUCUUACAAGUGUUAGAAAAACACGUUUUAAGUGGAGAUAAAUCAGUACCAGUUGCAUUACCAUAUCAUUUAUGUGAUAUUUAUAUUGAUGAAAUAGAAACAGUAUUAUUUGCUGAUUUAGAAGAAGCAGACUUGGAAGAGAACGAAGAGCAAUUCAAAGAAGUUUUCCGUCAGAAACUCGAUAUCGUCGAAAAGACCCCAGUUGAAAAAUUACUUUCUCCAUUUGCAAAAUUAAACAAGAGUGCAUUAUUAAAGACCUUAAGAAUAAAAUGUAAAGAAGUAUUGGAAGAUCAAAGAUUGAAAGACUGGGGGGUUUUCGAAACCGACACCGACAAUGAAAACGAAGAAGACGACGAAGAAGAAGAAGAAUGGAAGGGUUUCUAAUGUAUAAAAUUGUAAUAUAGUUCUAGGGAAA